GCUCUAAGGGUGCGUUCUUUUCACAAAGAACAGUUUACAUAGAUAUGUACUGUUUCAGUAGUCUACAAUUAGAUUUUUUAGAGAAUCUAAUGUCUCUCAUACUGCAAUAUCUCAUCAUUUAGCAAAUGCGAGUUGUUUGGGACUAGUCUGCAAGUCAGUAUAAUUUGAACAAUGUAGUCUUAGACAACUCAACUUCCUGCUAUUUCCUCUGCAUUAAUUUCAUUUGGUUUUUGUUAUUGUUUCGAAAUUGUUAUCAUGUCAUUUUCUUAGUCCGGUUUCAAUGUGUCACCGAGCGUUCCUUAUCCUGCAUUUGUCUAGUACGAGGAUAGAGAACUUAAAAUUACCAUAUUGUUACCCCAACAUUCUAAUUGUCCACAACCUGUUUUCCAUAUUAGAGUUAUAACAAAUUUCCCAAUCACUCCACAUGGCUUCCGCUGCGUCCAAUGCCACCUCUACAUGGCCCACAAGGCUAUGCAUUUAUGGAGCUGGUCCUUGCAUUCCAAGAAAAUCUGGCUCCCGCGCAAAGCACCCUGGCUAGUGGUACUAUGACUGCCCUGGUGACCCUCCUUGCCGGGAGUGGAAUGGUUGGUGCAAUGAAAGCAUUCCGAAUGUCACCCAUUUUCAAGAUGAUAGCAUGUCGUCACCGGGAGGUGGACGUGGUAAGGGAAUUAGGUCAACCCCCCACAAAGCCAUCUUGCAGCCUUCAGAAGAGCAAAACUUCUCGCAGGUUUCACCGCGACGACAAUUAUUGCAGUCUUAUGAACAACCACACUUCUCCCAUUAUUAUGACCAACCGAACUUCGACCAGGCUGCACAAGAAGCCAGCUUUUUGCAGUCCUCACAACAUACACAUACUAGCAUGUUGUCACCGAGCGUUGGACGUGGGAGGGGCAUGAGGGCAAGCCCCCGUAAGACCUUCUCCCAUGCCUCACGACAACCAAACU